AAGGAUUUGGCAGUCAGCUCUCUGUAAGGAAGUCUGAAAACACUCGUCUUUUGUCAAGUGGAAAUUCACCUUGUCAGAAGCAUUACAAGGUGUUUGAAUUUCAUAAACCAAGUCCUCACUGUGAAGACACUUGAGGGGGUAAAACUGACGCUAGAAAUUAAUAAAUAAUUUCUACAGUUCUCACUACUGACCAAUUGAAAAAACAAAAAUACAGACAUGUCACAAGUUAUUCCAAGUCAUGUAUUACGUGUGGGGCAGACAGUAUGUCUUUCAGCAAAGAACGGUGAUAAUUCCUUGGAAACAGACUGUUGUUCUGCUCUUUCCAAUGCCUGCAUGCCUUUGUCUCCAGGUGGCUGCCUUUAUACCAAAGGACCAUGGCCUUGUCAAUCAUUGAAGGGAACAGCACAAAACAGUUGCCUGAAACUGACAAAUGCUGACAUGCUUUGUAGUCCUGAAUCUAAAUCUUAUGCCAGGUGCAACUCUGAUAAAAGUUAUGGCCACCAAGAAAGCAGACACCUCAGCUCACUUUCAGAGAAUAACACUUACAUUCAACAAGCUGGUAAUGGGACGACACCUCUAUGCCACUCAGAAGAGCUCCUGACAUCACCAACAUUGGACAUUUCAAUAGAUAAUCUAAAUCAACUGAUCCUAGAACUCGAUCCCUCCUUCCAGCCAAUCCCUGUCAAGCUGAGCUCCACUCAAGAACUUCCAUAUUCAUGCAAAUCAGAUACAACGAAUAGCAGUGCAACAUCACUUAGACAUACAUCUGAAACGUUCCAGUGCUCUGCAAGUCCAUCCAUGACUCCAUCUUGUUUAUCUUCUAACAAAAAUAAGCCUGUCUCACUUGUGGCUAGGAGAGACAGCUGUACCACAAAUGGUACUGUCGCCUUUUCUAGUACACCCAAGGCUUAUGGAGAUGCAGGUUCACAGUAUUCUCAUGGCUCUUAUCCUACCUGUCCUACAGGACCAGUGAGUGUUAUGUUCUCAGCAGCUGAAGGUGUGCCCAUACCCCAGAGUGGGCUGAGAGAGCACGGGCUAAGUGCUUAUUAUACUUCGAAUAUAGCUUCAUCACCAGGAUCAGACAACAUGCUAAAAAGACUACAUAUGCACAGAACCCAGCAAAGAAUUAGCGGAAUAUCCAACCUUUCAACUAGUCCAGGAUCUGAUACGAGUUACCUGCUUGGGAGUACACAUUCCUUGUCCAGUGAUGAUGUUGAUAACCAUCUUCAAGUCCAUCUGAUUCCAAGAAGUCCAUCUCCUUCCACAGGAUCAUUCUCCAACCUCAACAGUCCUUCCAUAUUUUCUCCUGGCAUACAGAAAGCAUACUUUGGUGAUCAGAGUGCAGACAUUUUCAUUUCUCCUGAAGAUACAGAGUCACUUGAUUCCAUUUCAAUGGCAUCUAGUAAAAGCCAAUCUUCUCCAUCACCACCUUAUAGAAAGGAGCACCCCAGCUAUCUGUCCUCUUGUACAAGUUCUGUAAGAGAUAUUCCAGUUGUAUUGGUGAACGGUAGUCUUCAGCAUAAGGAGACUGCACCACAAACUCCUAGACACAUCAGUGCAUCCACAAGGGAUAGAAUUCCAUCUAAUAGAAAUGCAUUCUGUGUCAUUCAGCAUUCAAGUAUAUCCUCACCAUCUCCAACUGGCUCAUCCCUGGAAGGAAAUUCCUGUGAUAGCCCACCUACAAUGAAAUUUGUAAUGGAUACCUCCAAAUACUGGUUCAAACCGAGUAUUUCCAGAGAGCAAGCUAUUGACAUGCUGAAAAAUGAAGAACCAGGCUCCUUUGUUAUACGGGAUAGCACUUCACAUCGAGGAGCAUUUGGCCUAGCGUUAAAGGUCGACAAGUCACCAACUAGCAUCUUCCCUGGAAGUCAAGCAGAUGGUGACAACAGUGAACUGGUAAGACACUACCUGAUUGAAUCAUCAGCAAAAGGUGUUCGAAUCAAAGGGGAUACUGAUGAUCUCUAUUUUGGAAGUCUGUCUGCACUAGUUUAUCAAUGUGCAGUUUCUACAAUGUCCUUGCCAUGUAAACUGAGAAUACCCAAAAAGGAUUUUACAGCUGAUGAAAAAAACAGCCCAACUUCUUCAACAAGCACAUCUGCCAGUCACUCUCAAAAAUCAGUUGCUUGCAAUGUCCUGUACUUGUACUCAGUAGCCACAGAAACAUUAACUGGGCAAUCUGCUGUCCAGAAAGCAGUUUCUGUAACAUUCGAUACAGAUCCACUGCCUUCACCAACAAUUGUGCACUUCAAAGCAGCAGAUCAAGGAAUCACACUUACUGAUGUCCAGAGAAAAUUGUUUUUCAGAAGACAUUAUCCUGCAAACACAAUCAGUUUUUGUGGAAUGGACCCUGAAAACAGAAAGUGGCAGAAGAGUUGCAGAUCUGCAAGGAUUUUUGGAUUUGUCGCAAAAAGCCGAACAGACCCAUCAGAGAAUGUGUGCCACCUGUUUGCAGAGUAUGAUGUUGUCCAGCCAGUAUCCCCUAUUAUCAGCUUUGUCAGCAAUCUUGCUAAGGAUAUGGGAAAAUAAUGGGUGCACAGCUUCUCAUACUUAUAAAUCUGGUUAAGCAUUUAUUUAUUUAUUUAUUUAUUGCUGUUUUGCCUGCUGCAGCAAUGACAGUAAAACUUUUUAUAGCAUUUUACGCUAUACAGAUGGGACUGGAUGACAUGCUAUAUUCUUUUGUGAUGAAAAGCUCUUGGCCUGUUGCUGUAUUCCUUCUAAGAAACUUCUUUUGUAUCACAGUCAUGGACGAGUUUGCCUCUUCAGAGUAUGCUUAAACCCUGGCUUAAAAAAGACUAGCUCUCAUGCUGGGCUCAUAGCAUAAUAUACGAAAGUGAUACUUGUAUGACUUAAUGCCAAGGUCAUAAUGAAAGAACAGCAAAAUGAUUGGACCAGAUACUGGUGUGCCCAUCAUAUGGGACAGAAGCUGUUCUGGUAUCAAUGUGACAGUAAACAGGCAUGUCUAAUCUAUGGAUGGGUGUGACGCAGCAGGAACAGAUGUUGAUCUCUCAAUAAACGUCUAAGUAUGGCUUGUAAUUUUAUAGCACCACAUUGUUAACAUCUCUACACAAUACCUCUAGAGUGACUUCAUGCCUCCUUUUAUCAAAAGAGAAUGAGUUACUCAAAGGAUUCUUAGAACAAAAAAACAUUGUAAUCAUUCUCUGAAAGUAAGUGAGAAGUCAUAUUUACAAGCAGGUGAAUAACACUUGAAUGGGCAACUUUCCAAGAGCAUAUUAAUAGCCCACGGAGCCGUUCCUAGAAUUGACUUGUUUUCAGUUAUCAGUUAAUUCUCCAUACAUAAUGUAAAGGCUAGCUAUGCAGUAAUGUUGUCUUUAAAUGGAAGCAGUGUCUUUUUAUCUGGUCUUGUAGCAGCAUGUUACAGCACACUUAGCGAUCUGGAAGGGGGAAGUGGGUACGUGCAUGAAAUGUAAAAAUGGAACACAGCCUUCAAAGUAAAUAACCAUUGUUACUGGUCUUGACAGUGAGUUAUCAAGUAAUAACUGCUAAUGCCUCCUUUGGCAGUGAAUGUCAUGAUUUAUUUUGUACCACUGUUACUUCUGUAGGUGUUGUCCCAAAACAGUUAAACCUCACAGUAAGAUAAAUUCUGCAGUAGCAAUCACUGAGUGCAAUUAGACUUUGAAUUGAUUUUUUAUACACUGAGCGACAGCAUCUUAUUUAUAGUCUUUGAUUAAACAUAUUGCAACAAA